CAGCCAAUCAGAGUGGGCCACGGUGAAUCUCUUCCAGUGAAUUUAUCCAAGGCAGCUACAUCGAACGGCGGUAGUCUUCAUAGUGCGUGUUAACGUUGAAAGAAUAUUGGAAGGUGCUACAAUCAUGAAACCCUUACUUUCUGGAGUGUUGUUCGGUUGCUCGCUGCUUGUUGGUGUGCAAGCUUUUUAUUCUUCUAGCGACGAUGUCAUCGAACUGAACCCGUCCAACUUCAACAAAGAGGUGAUCCAGAGUGACAGUUUGUGGCUGAUCGAAUUCUACGCUCCUUGGUGCGGUCACUGUCAAAGGUUGACGGCAGACUGGAAGAAGGCAGCCACAGCCCUGAAGGGUAUUGUCAAAGUUGGUGCAGUCGAUGCAGACCAGCACAAGUCUUUGGGAAGCCAAUAUGGCAUCUCGGGCUUCCCUACACUCAAGAUUUUUGGUGCAAACAAGAACAAACCUGAGGCAUAUCAAGGUGCACGCAGUAGCCAAGCCAUCGUGGAUGGAGCCAUGAAUGCUCUACGUUCUCUGGUCAAUGAACGACUCAGUGGCAAGUCUGGCAGCUCAGGAUACAGCAAACAGCAUGGUAGCGGUGGCAGUGGCAACAAAAACGACGUGGUGGAACUCACAGAUGACAACUUUGACAAGACUGUGCUGCAGAGCGAUGAUGUGUGGUUGGUGGAGUUUUUUGCUCCUUGGUGUGGCCACUGCAAGAAUCUGGAGCCUGAGUGGGCAGCUGCUGCUUCAGCAGUCAAAGAUCAGACGAAGGGCAAAGUUCGCCUGGGAGCUGUGGAUGCAACUGUACAUCAGGCUGUGUCCAGUCGCUAUGGGAUCCGAGGUUUCCCCACUAUUAAGAUCUUCCGCAAAGGGGAGGAGCCCGAGGACUACCAGGGGGGACGUACCCGCGGCGACAUAAUUGAAAGGGCCUUGGACUUAUUCUCUGAUAAUGCCCCUGCUCCUGAACUACUUGAGAUUCUUAAUGAAGAUGUCCUGAAAAAGACUUGUGAGGACAGUCAACUGUGCAUCAUUGGCAUCCUCCCACAUAUUCUGGACACAGGUGCUGCUGGUAGAAACGGCUACCUGGAUGUGAUGAUGAAGAUGGCCGACAAAUACAAGAAGAAGAUGUGGGGCUGGCUAUGGGCUGAGGCUGGCACUCAGAUGGAGCUGGAGGCCUCGCUAGGUAUUGGUGGCUUCGGCUACCCUGCCAUGGCUGCCAUCAACACACGCAAGAUGAAAUUUGCUCUGCUCAGGGGAUCCUUCAGUGAAACAGGGAUUCACGAGUUCCUCAGGGAGCUUUCUGUUGGAAGAGGCUCGACUGCCACUUUGGCAGGUGGUGUAAUACCCAAGAUUCACACAGUUGAACCUUGGGACGGAAAAGAUGGACAGCUUCCUGAGGAGGAGGAGUACGACCUCAGUGACGUGGAGCUGGAUGAUGACUAUAAUAAGAUUGAGUUAUGAGGCUCACAAUCUAAAAAAAGGGGGGAGGGCGGGCUGGGAUUUGAUCCAGGUUUUCUUGGAUGUGGUCUGGUCACACGUGAGCCACCUCCCCUUCUCCUGUGGAUGAAUGGAAGGACCGGUCGGUCGCCGUUACUGAAAUACUCCAGGGGAUGCCUGAAUGUCAUCCACAAAGAGGGGAAGGCUACAUCGCUCACACAAAUGCUGAAUUUAUACUCCAGCAUAUUUAAGAGUGAGGAAGCUUUUUCAUUCAACCUUUUAUUUGUUUUUUAAUGUGGACUAUAAGAACCCCUCAUGUGGAAUAUUUUUUUGUUUUUUUGCUUUUUCUUCCUGGUUUUCAAUCCAGCGGGUGAAAAAUGUUGGGGGAUGUUCAUGAUGAAGUGGCGACACCUCGUGUAGAUUUUUCUUACACAAACUUUAUUUCAAUUGUGUGAAAACAUUUGUUACGAUAAUAAAACAAUAAAAACAGCCACCGUC